UCCCACAGACCAGAAUUCACAACCAUUGGUCAGGGGCAAAUACCACUGGCUCUGCAUUCUCAGUUUCUUCGUGCCAUUUCAUCAAGUGGGAGCCAAAGGAACACUUGAAAAUGUUAGCAAGACUCAUUCUGGGACUUGUCAUCCUUGACGCUGCUGUGACAGCUCCAACCCUGGAGCCCAUCAACUAUGACUCAGACGCCUACGACGCCACCCUGGAAGACAUGGAUAAUUUAUACAAUUAUAGAAACGUACCUAUUUACCAAACUGAGUUCGAAAUAGCUACAGUGAUGCCUUCUGGGAACAGAGAGCUCCUCACCCCGCCCCCACAAUCAGAGGAGGCAGAAGAUGAGGAGGAGGAGUCCACCCCGAGGCUGAUCGAUGGCUCUUCACCCCAAGAACCUGAGUUCACUGGGGUUCUCGGCCCACACACAAGCGAAGACUUCCCGACCUGCCUACUAUGUACUUGUAUAAGUACCACCAUAUACUGUGAUGACCAUGAACUUGAUGCAAUCCCUCCACUUCCAAGGAGCACUGGCUAUUUCUAUUCUCGCUUUAACAGAAUCAAGAAGAUCAACAAAAAUGACUUUGCAAACCUAAAUGAUUUAAGACGAAUUGAUUUGACAUCGAAUUUAAUAUCUGAGAUUGAUGAAGAUGCAUUCAGAAGGCUGCCCCAGCUUCAAGAGCUUGUCUUGCGUGACAACAAAAUAAGACAGCUCCCAGAAUUGCCAACCACUUUGACAUUCAUUGAUAUCAGCAACAAUAGGCUCGGGAGGAAAGGAAUCAAGCAAGAAGCUUUUAAAGACAUGUACGAUCUCCAUCAUCUCUACCUCACCGAUAACAACUUGGAUCACAUUCCUCUGCCACUCCCAGAAAACCUACGAGCCCUUCACCUCCAGAACAACAACAUCCUUGAGAUGCAUGAAGAUACAUUCUGCAAUGUGAAAAAUUUGACCUAUAUUCGCAAGGCUCUAGAGGACAUUCGACUGGAUGGAAAUCCUAUUAAUCUUAGUAAAACUCCUCAGGCAUACAUGUGCCUACCCCGUUUGCCUAUUGGAAGUCUUGUAUGAUUUCCAAUAAUGCAAAACCUAAUGAUGGUUAUUACAGCAGAUAAAUUUUGUUGCUUUCAAAAACAAACCCAGCAUAGUGUCAAGUUGUGUUCUGAAUGACAUAAUCAUACAAAAUGUGACAAAAAAUUUUAGGGAGUGGCAAUUUAUAAAACAUAAAGUGAGUUAGGAAUAAGUCAAAAUAUGUACAGAAAAAAAAGAAGUGAUAGAAAAAUUUUCAAACCCAUGUAUUGUAUGUAGCUAGGAAGUUUAGGGGUUCAUAGACCAUAUAACUUCAAAUUGAAUGUAAAGUAAAGAAUAAUUCAAAUGAAUACUUUAGUUUUGAAAAUAUUUACCUAUUUUAACUAAAUCUUUUUUCACUAAACAUGUGUCUGUUUCCAAAUUUAUUA